CGAAUCAGAGCGGUAGUAAACUCAAAACAGUAAGUUACAGUAACAGAGUUGGGAACAAAAGAAGCUUGGUGAGCUCUGUGAUUGGAUUUUUCUUCUCGAAAUGCACCCUGGGAGUCGUAGUUUACACAUGCUUGUACUUUCCACUUUUUCUCAAAGAACCAGGUAUUUUCUAACGCAGUUCUGGAUCUUUUCUACUAAGGAGUUAGCGUUAACAGGGAGAGUUUCAUGCUGAUGCAAGCCGUAGAAGGACUCCAACGAUUGUCCUUUUACCUGGUGGGAGAAGGGGUUUUAUUCCGAGUCCCUGACAUCGGUGCCCUGCAGACCCACCUGUGUGUCACCUGGGAUUCCAGCUCAGGUGCGGCCGCUCUCUUCAUGGAUGGGAGGAAAAGCUUGACCAAAAUUUACAAGAAGGGUCACACAGUCCAACCCGGAGGCAAGGUUAUCAUCGGACAAGAUCCUGAUAAUUACUUGGGUUCAUUUGAUGCCAAGCAGAGUUUUGUUGGGGAGAUCGGUGAUAUUAAUAUGUGGGACUCCGUCCUCUCAGACCGCAUGAUCCAAGACAUGUUCUCUGGGAAGACAGUACCAACAGGAAAUGUUUUCGACUGGGAAACCAUAGAGCAAGACAAACAAACAAUAAAUAACAGUGUAUACUAUGAUACUUGA